GUUACCUUAGCGGAGCCGGCACCUCCGGGAGCAUCGGCAUGAGCGGCGCGGAGGCUGACCGCUGGGCGUGGCUGCUGGUGCUCAGCUUCGUGUUUGGGUGCAAUGUCCUCAGGAUCCUCCUCCCGUCCUUCUCCUCCUUCUUACAGUGAAAGAUACAGACAUUUGUGCUGGAGCGAUCUGUAGGCAUGUCUGCAAAAGGAAACGUCUACUUAGAACGAUGUCCAGGCUGCUGCAGAAGGAUGCUGAGCAGGAGGCACAGAUGAGAGCAGAGAUCCAGGACAUGAAGCAGGAGCUCUCCACUGUCAACAUGAUGGAUGAAUUCGCCAGAUAUGCCAGGCUAGAGAGAAAGAUCAACAAGAUGACGGAUAAGCUUAAAACUCACGUGAAAGCUCGGACAGCUCAGUUGGCCAAGAUAAAAUGGGUUAUAAGUGUUGCCUUCUAUGUAUUGCAAGCUGCCCUGAUGGUGUCGCUCAUCUGGAAGUACUACUCCGUCCCCGUGGCUGUGGUACCGAGCAAGUGGAUCACUCCGCUAGACCGCCUGGUAGCAUUUCCGACUAGAGUAGCAGGUGGCGUUGGGAUUACCUGUUGGAUUUUAGUCUGUAACAAGGUUGUGGCGAUUGUGCUCCACCCUUUCAGCUGAAGGAAGACAGAUGCAACUGUGACAUCUUAGGGAGUGGAUUUCCGCUGAGGAGGUUACAAAUCUGAUUGAUGCUUUUUUUUUUUUUUUAAAGGAAACAAAAGCACACAGGUUAGUUUUUUUGUUGAAUGUGUUUGUUCUUGGAUUUUAUGUGAGAUACGAGAGUCCUGAUUUUGUACACUUGUCACCGAGCUGGAAGGCCAGGCUCUCCCACGUGUGACCCGGCCAGCAAGUCCUGGGUUUGUCACAAGAAGGGGCCUUGGUGGCACGUUACUGGGGGUGUGCACCAUUGGCGUACUUUAAAGGUCACAUUGCCAACUGAAAAGUCAAAAUUUUCUAACUUAAGUACAGUAAAAAGACUUAGCACUAUUUCUGAUCCAGAUUAGAAAGCGAUUUAAUUUUAAUACCACUACCAGAGUUUGAAGUCUCCCGUAGUCCUGCUAAAAGAAUAACACUAAGUGACAUUGCUUGUGUGGUUUUCCUCCUCUGUUUAAAAGGUCAUACGCGAGCCUGCGUAUAGUAUUAUCUACUUGUUUGAAGUUGUUAACUUUUCGUUACUGUGUUUUGUAAAUGUAUUCAUGGGAUCAUAAUGCAUUGUUUUAUGCUUGAAUUCUGUGUUUUAUACUUAAAGCAUUUCAAAUGAAGUGUGUUUUAUAAGCAUUUAAUAUUUAUGCUCUGUAGAAUGGAACAAGGUUAAAAAACAAACUAGGAAUUCUGAUUAAAAUGAGUGGAUACAUUUUUUAAAACACUUUUUUUUUACUUUUGUGUUGCUUUUUUUUUUUGAGUUCUAAAUGACAGAUAACAUUAUAUUAGUUUGAAGACUACAACGUAGUGAUUUGAUAUUUGUAUACACUGUAAAUGAUCACCACAGUAAGUCUGGUUUCCCCAUGUAAAACACUUUCAUAAUUAAAAUUUUUGCAAGGGCUUGUGUGACUGUUCUUCUUACAGCCUGCCUACUUGCUAUGACCAGUUUGUAACUGUGACAAGUGACGGAGGACUUUAACUGUCAACUUUGCUUGGCCACAGCCCCGUAAAGCUAAAUUCUGUCACUGGUUUUUAAAAGGUCAUAUUUGUAUUCUUGAGUUCCCUAGUGGCUUAAUAAGCAGCUCAUUGUUAAUUCCAUGACUUGUACUGGAUAAAGAGAGUACUGUGGUGCUUUAUUUAGUUCAGAUGCCUCCGCCCAGGUUGACUUAGCUUUAAGAGAGGAUGCGCAGCAGGAGUCACGGGAGCACUUAGAGCAAAAGCAUCAGAGGGCGGACCCGGGCCACCAAGGCUGGGAGGGCCGCCUGAGGAGGCAGAGGCAGUGGCACGGGGAAGCUGUGGGGCCCAGGCGCCUGGCGCCCGGAUCAAGGGCCCGGUGUGCGGGAACGCUCGGUGGCCACACACGGCCUGCCCGGGGACAUCCUUGGCUCACUAAUCCGCGUCCAGUCUCCCUGACAAGAGCCUUCUCGAUCUCCUAAAGACCCGUUCUUUCAGUUCACACUCAAGGCUUCAACAGAGCUCACAGCGGCCAGGGGAGAAGACGCACGGUUAGCUGGGGAUCUUGCCACACGCGGCAGCAGCUGGCAGGGCCGACGUGAGGGGCACGUAAGUGUCCUUCAGGUUUUACAUCACUGUGGGUUUUCAGAAAUGGUAUUGUUCUUAAAUAGAUAAUAAACAUGGUACUGGAUUCAAAAGCUGCAGAAAGGGAUACGGUGGGAGGUAGAUCUGACCCUUGACCAUUGUGUCACCCCAUCUUCUGUUACCGUUUUCUUAUGAUUCUUCCAGUGAUAUCCCAUAUGUAAAUGAAAAAUUGUGUGCAUCUCUAAAAUAAAAAUUUUUUUAAUUAUAAAA